UUUAGGAAUAUGCCCAAAGUUAAACAUACUCCGCAUUGAAGCGAUGCUAAUGGUCUCACUUGAGUUGAAAGGAUGUGGCGGUCUGUCUGAAGCAUCCCUUAAUUGUCCUUUCUUGACAUCUCUUGAUGCUUCCUUUUGCAGUCAACUCACUGAUGAUUGCUUGUCUGCUACCACCCGUGCAUGUCCACUAAUUGAGUCAUUAAUAUUGAUGUCAUGCCCGUCGAUCGGGUUAGAUGGACUCUGUUCCCUGCAGUGGCUCCCAAAUUUAGCUCUUCUUGACUUAUCAUACACUUUCUUGGUGAAUCUGCAGCCUGUUUUUGACUCUUGUUCACAGCUAAAGGUAUUAAAGUUGCAGGCAUGCAAAUUUCUCACUGACUCAUCACUUGAACCUCUUUACAAGGGGGGUGCUUUACCAGCUCUUCAGGAGUUGGACUUGUCUUAUGGAACUUUGUGUCAGAAGGCCAUAGAAGAGCUUCUUUCUUGCUGCACUCACCUUACACGUGUGAGUUUGAAUGGCUGUGUGAAUAUGCAUGAUUUAAACUGGGGGUACAGUCGAGGGAAUUUUCCUGAGUUACCUGGCGAGGUUGAUGUAGCUUGUCUCAACCUAUGCUGGCUUAAUUUAAGCCACUGUUCUUCAUUGGAAGUUUUGAAGCUAGAGUGUCCAAGAUUGACCAAUCUAUUCCUUCAGUCGUGCAACAUUGACGAGGGAGCUGUUGAGGCUGCUAUUUCAAAGUGCACUUUGUUGGAGACUCUUGACGUUCGCUUUUGUCCUAAGAUAAGCUCAACGAGCAUGGUAAGAUUUCGUGCUGCAUGUUCUGGUUUGAAACGAAUAUACAGCAGCCUUGCAACUUCAUCAGCGUGAUUUAGGAUCUAAGAAGUUUUGCGGUGCUUGUUCACUCAGAGAGAUGGCACACUUUUGGCAAUAAAUCUGGUUAUUUCCUAAUGUAUUGUAAAUGUUUAACUUAUUAUUGUUGUGUGUUUGGCAGGCUAUCUUCAUGCAUUGCCACAAUAAGUUAUGGCUGUUCUAAUUGUUGUAAAUUUAUAUUCCAAUUUGUUGUUGCAUAUUUUAUUCUGAAGUGGUCUGUCUUGCCUUUCUCUUGUGAAGAAUAGGUGUAUGUCUGAUCCUUUCAUGUGCAUUUUAUGUUGUAAUUUUUGUACUAA